CAACAGAAGUGAAGGUCAAGUUCCGUGAAACAUGCAUGACGAUGAGCACAGAAUCAGGAAAAGCCCUGAAGGAACUAUCGUUGGCAAUCAAGAGAAUGAACCAACCUUCUAAUGCUAAUCACCACGUCCAAAAUGCCAUACAAGCAGCUCAAAAUCUAUGUCCCUUGUUAACAUCAAACAUAUGGGAAAAUCUCAAUCUUUCAGAUGUAACACCAGCAGCCACAGUUGCCACCAUACUAGCAGAUGUAGUAGCUUGCACCGAGGAGAUUGCUAAGGCGGUCCAAGAGCUUGCAUCCCUAGCCAAAUUUAAAGACAAGAAUAACGCCGUCAUGGAAGGUAGGGUCGCGUGUGGAAUCAACAGAACCAAAUUGGCUAAUCAAGGAUCAAUUAACAGAAGUUAUCUUAGUAAUAAUCAGUUGAUUAUAAUUCAUGAUGGGGAUUUAUCCCCACUUUGUUCACCGAAAAUUUCAAUAUCGGAUCAGGAUCCGCCUUCCUUGGCUAUGGCUCAACAAAAUGCAGAGUAACUGAGUAACAUUAUAGUCAUUUAGAGUAGUUUGUUUGACCACUUGUAUUUUUUUUAUUUUUGAUUAUUUGGUACAUGUAACACCUUGGGGCCUGGCGCCCUCCCCCAGAGAUCAUCCUAUAUCCCACGCAUUUGCACGAGUAAAAUCUUGUAUAUCUAACAACGAUGAAAAUAAUAUAGACAUGGCACACAGAUGAAAUAACAUCUUACUAAUUGGAAUCUCUACAGGUUGUGAAUCUGUGAUUGUCCUGUAUAGGCUGGCAUUCAUCUUUACAAAGUUAAU